AUGAAACUAUAUUUAUUUAUUUUAGUCUUAAUAUAUAUUGCUAUGGCAUAAGAAUAAUGGGAAACUAUUUACACUAGCUUUAAAGGUAAUGACCAUAAUGAUGCUGAAGGUUAUUUUCAUCUUUAAUGAUUUAGGUUGGAUAGUAAGCAAUAAUUAUUAGGGUAAUUUAUUCACUAAAUGUAAUGGUGUUACAUUGUUUGGAGGAUAUAAUGCAUUUGGAAAAGAUGCAAUAGUAUCAAAGUUAUUUAAACUGCCUCCUCAUCAUCAACUUAAAAUUACUUUUUAAUUUUGGAAGUAUUUCUUAGAUAAAAAAUAGAAUUGAUAGCUGGAAUGCUGAAUUUGUCUAUUUAAUAGCUGAAGAUUAUAAAUGGUCAUAAGGUUAUAUAUAUUAUCAAGGGACACAAUAAUGUGGAGUUUAUUACAGUGACUGGAAUGAGAUGAGUCAGUUAAUUACAUUUGUUAUUAAUCAUAACUCAGAAUCAUUAAUUUUUAUUAUGACUACAAGUCUGGAUUCAUCACCAGGUGAUGUAAUAUUAAAUUAAUAUAAAAGGAAAGUUGGGGAUUUAGAGAUUUUUCAAUUUAAAUUUUAAGAUGUCCUUAAGGUUGUUUAUACUGUUAAGAUAAUGAUUAUAAUAAUUGUUAUUAUUGGAUUGGUUUUUUAUCAUUAUGGCAUGAAUCAAUAGAAGUUGAUGGAUGGAUUAAGAAUAAUAAUAAUAUGUAACCUACAAUUGAUAAAUGUGUCAGUUUUGAUAUAAUAAAAUUAGCACCAAAUGAUAAAUUAGAAAAAAUAAUAGAAAAUUUGAAUGGUCAUUAUAAAAUGUAAGUAUAAUUAUAAAUUUGGAAAAUUGAUUCAUGGAAUAAUGAAAUGUUUAUUUUAGAAAUAGAUGAUUAAAUUUAUAAUUAAACAAUUUUAGAAUCUACAGGUAUCUAUAAUAUUUGUGGAUCUAAUGGAUUAGAAAAGAUUAUUAAUAUUGCAAUUACUUUACCUCAUUCAUUAUCUAAAUGUAAAAUAACUAUGAGAACUAAUCAUAAUUCUAUAACUACUAAUGCAUAUUUGGGAAUAAGAGCUUUUUAAUAUAUAUCUUGCAAAAUGCAUUACUGGUUGUGA